CCAAUAGGGGGCAGUAGAUACUCGUAUACUAAUUUUAGCAGCAAAAGUUUAGAAGCAAGAAGAAGAGCACCAGGAAACGUCAAGAGAAGAUCCCUCGCAGAGAAAUGGCUACGGGAGUGGAUCAAGCUGCCGGCAUGAGUCUGAUUGUCUUCAGUCUUCUGCUGAUGACUUACUAUUCUAUCUGGGUCAUCAUUCUGCCUUUCGUAGACAGCAAUCAUGUACUCCACAAGUAUUUUCUUCCACGGGAGUAUUCUGUAAUUCUGCCUGGCAUUGCAGCCGUAGUACUACUCCUUUGUAUUGGGGCCUUCACUGCGUUUGUCAUGUGGAAAAAUCAGAAGCCAAAAAAGAUGGAGAGGUCAGUGCCUCGAAGUAGCUUUGGGAAGCCCUCAAGCACAGCGAAAAGACAAAGAUGGGAACGUUUGAGGCGGCAGUGGGAGCUUCUUGGUGUAUUUGAGAUUGAUCAGCAACACGAGUUCUACAGCCUGACUUGCAUGAUAAAAGAAGGAUUGUCAAUGUCAAUCCAAACUGCUACUGACAGUGCACCCACAAAUCAACUAUCAGAAGAAGAUUUCAUUUCAAAGGUCACUCAGAUUCAUAAGGGUUUUACUCUAGAAACGUUUGCUGGCCCAGUGUUUUCCAAGCUACGUGGGACUUUAGGUGUGACAGAACAGGAGUAUCAGCAGUCCCUCUGCUCUGACAAGUGCUACCUUCAGUUCAUCAGCAACUCUAAAAGCAAAGCUGACUUCUUCCUCACCAAUGACAAGCGCUUCUUUUUGAAGACCCAGAAUGAGAGGGAAAUCCGAUUCCUUCUGGACAACCUGAAGAUCUACAUGGAACAUAUGAAGACAUAUCCCCAUUCACUUCUGGUGAAGUUGCUAGGUGUUCACAGGAUCAACAUUUCAUACAGGCAAAAGAAAUACUUCAUUGUUAUGCAAAGUGUGUUUUAUCCAGAUGAUCGAAUCAGUGCCAGGUACGAUAUUAAAGGUUGUGAAGUGAGUCGCUGGACAAACCCUGCGCCAGAGGGAUGCCAGAUUAUUGUGGUUCUCAAAGACCUUAACUUUGAAGGCCAGUACAUCACUCUUGACCAGCAGCGUUCCUGGCUCUUGCGGCAAGUGGAAAUUGACACAGACUUUCUCAGAAGCCUCAACGUGUUGGACUACAGUCUUCUAAUCGCAUGCCAGCCUUUACAGCAAGAUGAGCGUCAUCACGCACUUUCCUUUGCUUCACUUAUCAAGAGAACUAAGCGAUCUGUGCAUCCCAGCACCAGCCCUAGCCAGAAUAUCCCUUCCGUUCCCGGGACAGUCCCAGAAGGUAACACUUUCUUUCAAUCUGAAAGGGAUGACGAGCGUUCGAAACCAGCACAAGCCAGAGAUCUGUUAAGUGCUGAAACGCCUCAGCAGCCCGAGGCUGGCAGUGACACCACAGGACUUCAAGACUUCACAGUCCAGAACAGACGUUUAUUGCUCAACUUAAAAAAUGCUCAGCACAUCAUUGAUGGCCCUGACCAACGUUACUUCAUUGGCAUUAUUGACAUUUUUACAGUUUACGGUUUCAAGAAGAGACUGGAGUAUUGGUGGAAAAGGCUGAGACACCCAGGCCGGACAUUUUCCACCGUCAGUCCACGGAAUUAUUGUACCAGACUCUGUCAGUGGGUGCAGCAUCAUACCAAGUAAAACACCAGAGGUUUGUAGUCGCCGCCCACGUGCCUACCUAAUGUCUCAUGUGUACAAAUGAACCCGUUUGGAUUCCUGUCACCCUCCCUUAAAGCCUGUUUGAAUAAUAAUGACAUAACUUGGGUUCAACCUUAAGAACCCAGGCCAACUUAUGCUAAAAGUAAAACGAUGGUGGAUAUAUCACAGACCAAUGGGAUUUAUUGUUUAAAAAAUACUAAUAAUUCAUGGCAGAGACGUGUGAUGUUACAUUUAUGUUACAUUGUUAAUGGUCGAUGAGUGUGAAGUUACAUUUAUGUUACAUUGUUAAUGGUCGGUGAGUGUGAUGUUACAUUUAUGUUACAUUGUUAAUGGUCGAUGAGUGUGAAGUUACAUUUAUGUUACAUUGCUAAUGGUCGAUGAGUGUGAAGUUACAUUUAUGUUACAUUGAUAAUGGUCGAUGAGUGUGAAGUUACAUUUAUGUUACAUUGUUAAUGGUCGAUGAGUGUGAUGUUACAUUUAUGUUACAUUGAUAAUGGUCGAUGAGUGUGAAGUUACAUUUAUGUUACAUUGUUAAUGGUCGAUGAGUGUGAAGUUACAUUUAUGUUACAUUGCUAAUGGUCGAUGAGUGUGAAGUUACAUUUAUGUUACAUUGCUAAUGGUCGAUGAGUGUGAUGUUACAUUUGUGUUACAUUGUUAAUGGUCGAUGAGUAUCAAGUUACAUUUAUGUUAACCAGAACGUGACAAGGCUUGCUAACUUCCAGGUAACUAGGAUAACUUUUAUUGUAUAAAGUUGCAACAUUUCUGUCAUGCAUGUAUUUUGAAGGUUUGUGUGUUGUUGUUUUUUAUUUAUUUAUUUUUUUGGGGGGGAGGGGGUGUGCAUUUUCUGUUGCACGCAUUUGAAUUUUUUGUUGUUGUUGGACCAUUUCUAGCAUUGUUCUGCUUCAUUGGCCACCUUAUGAAUGUAUUCCUUAUUCUAGAAUGUCUCAAUUUGACACGUGUUUGUGUUUAAUUCCAUUAAUGUACUUUAAAUUAAAGAACAUCAA